AUGGGCGCUUUGAAAGAUACUUCAGCCAACCGAGGUCGUGGGGAUGAGCCUAUCAAACGCACAUUCGCUGUGAAUCGAACAGAGCUGUCCUCGGGGACUGCUACUACUACCACAGACGAUAGCAUCGUGAACCAGGCGCAGCCGCUCUUCCGCCAGCAACAGAGCCCGGUCGCACCAGCCGAAUCACUCAAGCGAAAGCAACAGUUGCAAAGUUCGCGAAGUUCGCGACGGCUUACCAAUCUCAAAAGUUUCUUUCGCUUUCGCAAGUCUCGGCAACCGGAUCUACCGUUAAAUCCAGUACUCGAGCUUCCGACCAGACCGGAGAACACCAGGAAUCUAGCCAGCGGGUGCAUGCUAAGUCGCUGCAUCGUCGAGGGUUAUUGUGCGGAAUCGACAUCAAACCCGCAUGGCAGCGGUCAACCCGACGAGGCUGGCGAGGCCCGCAAGGUGAGUGACAACACGAUGUAUUCUCUCCACUCGGACCAGACCAGCGCGACGGUGUGUCAUGAUCCCUCCAAGCGUCUUUCCAUGCCCAUUGCCCUUGCAGACCCAUCCCUCUGUCGGAACCCAUUCACCGAUCCCCUAAAUCUGGUAGACGAUUCAGAAAGUAGCCGAAACCAUGCAAGGAAUCCGACUCGGACCACAAGACAGUCUAGCUCCGAGUCGAGCCAGACGGGGGUCUCGUCGACCUACGACGAUACCGAGAGUUUCCAGCGACUAGCCAACCCGUUUGCUGGAGGGAGUUCAAUCGAGUCCCGAAGUUCCUCACGGGACAGUUUCUAUGUCUCAACCUCGGAUGAUAGUUCUGUGAUUGCUGAGAUCGAACGGCGCGCCGCCGUGCUGGAAUUCAACGAACUGGUCCAGAAGCUCCGUCUCCCGCCUCUGCCGAUGAACAACAGCAAGGGGGCAGAAUCGGGCGAUGGCUCGCAUUCCCAGUUACCGGGGCAGCCUCCCCCCACCACCACUGGCGAGAAGGUGUCUUCCGGACGGCGAGACCGACUCUACGGUCGACUACGUACGAUGCGAUCGACCCUGCAACUGGGCCAUUCGUCGGAGGGACCCCGCACCACGCGGACUUUACGCCGAAUGAAGACGUUGGCGCAUGUGGGCACUCGGGUGAACGAGAUGACUUCACUGACGGGGAUGUCACUGGAGGAAUUGGCGCGUCUCGGGGGCUAUAAUCUACUAACGCUGCCGGCCGAGUUUGCGCCUAUGAAACUCCGCCUCCCGGUAUGUUUUGUAACUACAAUUACCUUUUUGGGACGAUUUGCUGCCCCGGUGCGCGACGUGUUUGUCGAUCCCGGCCAUCCGAAAAUGGCAAUGCGAAUCUACGACCAUUUCGCCCAGUCGGUGCUCGCCGCCCUGCGACAACCUGAUCGAAUCCAGAUGACAGUUGGACGUAGUGACCUGCCCCUGGCGGUGAUCGAGCCUAGCGCUCGUACGAUGGACGACACAAUGGUGCAAAGCAUGGCACGGGCAUUCCUGGCACUACUGGCGGGGCUUCCCGGAAGGCUUCUGGGAUUACCGGCCCUAUAUCGGGUGCUAGUGGGCAUUAGCCAAGCACCCGUGGUGGGUGACGAAGUCGAACGGCGUCGCAGCUGUCUUGGAGGGGUUUCGCCGCAGGAUUACGUCAAGGUCAAGGCCAUUGGGCUGGCGCUGCUGGCCCUGACGAACACCAUGCAGCUGCACCUGCUCUGUGGAGUGAUUGGCCUCGGCGCCCUACUCCUGCAUGAAACGCAGCGGCUAGCGCAGGAGGAGGCUCCGCGCUCUGUCAACAAAGAGAAUGGACGGCGGACGAGUGGGGAACCGGGGCCGCUGACGCUGGACCGGCUGGGUCGCGUGCUCGGACCGUUGCUCACGGGGAGAGAGGGGUCUGGCGACACGCUUGGAGCUAUCGUCCAGGAGAUUGAGAGCGAAAGAGUGGUGAUGAUGCUCGUGGAGCACUGGCGAGGGAUCAGUCGUCAGCUGCGCAUUUGGGAACAUCGCAACCUGCCGAGGCGGCGCCGGCGAUCCGUGCAAAUGGGACGUGCAAUGGUCUGUUGA